AGCGGCGUGGCGACAGCCCCGGCCGGGACCUGCGCAAGGAAGUCCCGAGCCCUCUGAGGGCUGUGAGAGACUGCCUGGCGAUGCCUCACAACUCCAUCAGAUCCGGCCAUGGAGGGCUGAACCAGCUGGGAGGAGCCUUCGUGAAUGGCAGACCCCUGCCUGAAGUGGUCCGUCAACGCAUUGUAGACCUGGCCCACCAGGGUGUGAGACCCUGCGAUAUCUCUCGCCAGCUCCGCGUCAGCCAUGGCUGUGUCAGCAAGAUCCUCGGCAGUAGGUACUACGAGACUGGCAGCAUCCGGCCUGGAGUGAUAGGGGGCUCCAAGCCCAAGGUGGCCACCCCCAAAGUGGUGGAGAAGAUCGGAGACUACAAGCGGCAGAACCCUACCAUGUUCGCUUGGGAGAUUCGAGACCGGCUCCUGGCUGAGGGAGUCUGUGACAAUGACACUGUCCCCAGUGUCAGCUCCAUUAACAGGAUCAUCCGGACCAAAGUGCAGCAACCAUUCAACCUCCCCAUGGACAGCUGCGUGGCCACCAAGUCCCUGAGCCCAGGACACACGCUGAUCCCCAGCUCAGCCGUCACACCUCCAGAGUCACCCCAGUCGGAUUCCCUGGGCUCCACCUACUCCAUCAACGGGCUCCUGGGGAUUGCUCAGCCUGGUGGUGAAAGCAAGAGAAAGAUGGAUGACAGUGACCAGGACAGCUGCCGGCUGAGCAUUGACUCCCAGAGCAGCAGCAGCGGGCCCCGGAAGCACCUCCGCACUGACGCCUUCAGCCAGCACCACCUCGAGCCCCUGGAAUGCCCCUUUGAGCGGCAGCACUACCCGGAGACCUACGCUUCCCCAGGCCACACCAAAGGCGAGCAGGGCCUCUACCCGCUGCCCCUGCUCAACAGCACCCUGGACGAUGGGAAGGCCACCUUGACACCCUCUAAUACGCCCCUGGGACGCAACCUCUCCACUCACCAGACCUACCCUGUGGUGGCAGAUCCUCAUUCACCCUUCGCCAUAAAGCAGGAAACCCCCGAGGUGUCCAGUUCUAGCUCCACCCCUUCCUCUUUAUCUAGCUCCGCCUUUUUGGAUCUGCAGCAAGUCAGCUCCGGGGUCCCAGCCGGUGCCUCGGUCCCGCCCUUCAAUGCCUUUCCCCAUGCUGCCUCCGUGUACGGGCAGUUCACGGGCCAGGCCCUCCUCUCAGGGCGAGAGAUGGUGGGGCCCACGCUGCCCGGAUACCCACCCCACAUCCCAACCAGCGGACAGGGCAGCUAUGCCUCUUCUGCCAUCGCGGGCAUGGUGGCAGGAAGUGAAUACUCUGGCAAUGCCUACAGCCACACCCCCUACUCCUCCUACGGCGAGGCCUGGCGCUUCCCCAACUCCAGCUUGCUGAGUUCCCCAUAUUAUUACAGCUCCACGUCAAGGCCAAGUGCGCCACCCACCACCGCCACGGCCUUUGACCAUCUGUAGUUGCCAUGGGGACAGUGAGAGCCACCAAGCAACAGGAGGACUCAGCCUGGGACAGGCCCCAAGAGAGUCCCACAAAGGAAUCUUUAUUUAUUAUGUGAAAAAAAGCCACACGUCCAGCAUGGUGGCUCGCUCCCUGUGCGGUGGACUUAAUGCACCAUGAAGAUGCAACGGCCUUGCGGAAGGAUGGACUAACUGUUAAGACUUCCCAGCCAGGAGGAAACAGGCCCAUCCUGUUCCCAAAGAGACACAGUUGGAGGAGAAAGGUGCCCUUGGCCGGUACCCACCCACCAAAGCAGAGAAGGAGCCAUGAGGAACCCAAGGGGGAUGGUGGAUGGGGAGCGGGGUCUGACUAGGCCUGGGGGUACAUGACACGUGGGUCUGCCAUCCACAUAGUUGUAACCAUUGUGAACUGUAAGCACUUUCACUCAGUCCAUAAGUCACAGCCAGGUGCCACCCGGAGAACCACCUCCCUUGACUUCCUGUCUGCCUAGGGCCAAAGCUCGAGCCAUCCACCUUCUCUGCUCGCCUUGCGUUCUUCCUCCUUCACUCCCCUCUCGACCACAUGGGCAGAGUGGCAGGAACCUGCUGCCACCUUCCCAACAGCUCCUGUGCACCAAAUGUGCUUCCUGCUGCCCAGGCCCACCCACCACAACCACCAACAAAACCCACUGAGGCCACAUCCUCCUCCCAAGCCAGCUGCCCCCUCCCCCAGUGCCUGUCCCCAAGGCCUGACUGUAAAUACUGUAAAUGAAACUCUGUUUGGGUUCAACUUCCCCUCUGCCACCCCC